AUGGCCCCUCGACACAGAGAUCCUGAUGAGGGCUGGAGGAGGGAAGCAGCACGGGCGGUACUAUAUGGCCCACAGCGCCAUCGACCCGACCACUGUGCCCACGCUCCGCCAGGUGCGACAGGCGAGCAGCUCGACCUCCUCCGACGUCCCCAUACGAGCUCGGCAGCCGUCUUUCCAGUCCUAGUUGGCCGAGUUGCGGGCCAGGCAGGAGUCCGCGGAGGAGGCCAAUCGGCAGGAGAUAGCGCGCCAGAACGAGGCCCAUCGGCAGGAGCUGGCGCGCCAGUUCGAGGAGUUUCAACAACACCAGCAGCGUCAGAUGCAGGACUUCGCCAACUACUUCACCUCCCUUCAGAUCCCUGGUGUAGUCACGCCUCCGCUGCCUGCCUCGCUGUUCGCUCCACUCCCUCUUCCUGGCUCUGUAGUACCGUCUCCAGCACAGUCGCACGGAUCGAACCCGACUCCUCAAGACGGCGCUUCCCCAGGCCAUGGGUGUCAGGAGCAGACUCCACAGCAGACGUGGCCUGGCGCUCCUCCGCCUCAGACGUACGGGUGGGGUCCGUGGUCAGCUGGCGCUCCUCCGCCUCAGACACACGGGUGGUCGCUGUGGUCAGGUGGCGCGCCUCAGCACCCAGCAGGUUGGCCGCAGCAGGGGUGGCCAGGAAGCACGGAGGAGGAAGGUCCGCCGGCCAACUACCAUGUGGAUAUGAAGGAGAGGAGCAGCAUGCACGGCGCGUCCCAGCCUGCAAGGCUGCUGCACAAAGCCUGGCCAGGAAGCGUGUAGAGACAUCAGAACUGACAUGAACGAAAAAGCAAACUUCACAUUAGCACAGCCAUGUAAAUAGAUCUCCUAUCUCAACACUAGAUCUUCCAACUCAACUUCCCCAGGACUAGAUAAAUAUCGAAGGCAACAGAUUCAACGAAACAGCCUGGACGCUGGAGCAAGCAAUUGCGCAGAAAGAUAGAAAAGGAGAGAUGGCGGUGGCUACUCACAGAGAUAUCGUCGCCAAUGCCAGAGAGGUCCUGACUUUGCGAGAGAUGGUGAAGCUGCCGAGCUUGGUGUGAACCUUCCCCGUCCUCCCGCUUCUUGUGAGGUUACUCGAGUGUGUGCCGCCGUGAUGCCGCCUUGCCAAAGGGGAUCUCAGCGCUGUGGAAGAUGCCGCCGCCGUCGUUGCGUGCGAAGAGGAUGGGAGGAGAAAAUAGAUAGGGUUUGAAGGAGUGUGGCUGUCACCGGAUUUAAUUGGUUGAGAGUGUGGUAUGGAACGUCCGAUCUGAUCGGAUGGCUGACGAACAUCUGGCAAUAUAAGCAUGGGACGUUGGAGAGUUAGCAGGCUUGA